AUGAUUGGUUCCCCGGGCUUCUUCGGGGGCUGUUCUCCGUGCGGCUCGACGGGAGAAGCUUUUUUCCCCAAUUCCCCACCCCCGCCGCCCUCUCGGUGAAUUUAAAGCGGACGCCCAGCUGCUCCCGUCCUUCUCCAUGGCUGGGGGAAGCGAGCCAAGAGCGCGGGGUUCGCCGGUGCGCCACGCUCCAGCAGCCGCCCAGGACGGAAGGCAACCCCGCUGUGCCUUUGCGAAGUUUCCCUAGAGGAUUUUCAUGGUUGGACAUACCUGCAUGGAGAAAAAAAUGGGUGAAGCUGUUGCCAGAGUAGCUAAGAAGGUGAAUGAAACCGUUGAAAAUCAAGCAGAUUCUCUUGAUUUGGCAGAUUGCAAAUUGAUUACAUUCCCUAUCGCUCUUUAUAAAGUCAUGAGGCAUGUCGCUGAAGGCAUACAUCUCAUCACGUUGGCCAAUAAUGAGCUGAAGUCUGUAACCAGCAAAUUCAUUAUCACUUUUAGCCAGCUGAGAGAACUUAAUCUGGAAGGGAAUUAUAUUCAUCACCUGCCAGAAGAGGUCCGAACCCUGUUACACCUGAGAAAUAUCAACCUGUCCAGGAACAAAUUUCAUACUUUUCCUGACCAGCUGACUUCUUUGCAGGCUCUUGAAAUGAUCAACCUUGAAGAGAAUGAGAUUACAGGUAAAAAAAUAUGUAGCUGUGCAUUCAAGUGUCUCUUUGUUCAAACAAAAUACUAG